UGGAAGCAAACAAGAUUCCAAAUCCAGUCGUAUCCCUAUAAAUUCUCCGCUACAGUCUCGAUACAUGAAUCUCAGCAGCUCCAUCUCUCUCUCUCUCUCUGUCUUCUACCAUGGCGAAGGCCAACCGAUUCCUCGCCCUUCUCUAUGUCUUCUCUUUAGUGUUCCUCGUGAUGGGGACUCGGAUUGCCGGUUCUGCUCACGGCAAGCAGAAACCAGAGCAUCACUAUGUCAAUAAGCUGUUCGUCUUCGGCGACUCUUACGUCGACACCGGCAACCUGGGGAGGUUGCUGGGGAGGCUCGCGCGUUCAUGGUUCGAACCUUACGGCAUGACCUUCCCUAGGAAGCCCACCGGCCGCUUCUCCGAUGGCAGAGUCCUCACCGACUACGUUGCCUCGUUUUUGCGGAUCAGAUCUCCCAUUCCUUACAGGAUCAGAAAGUUCGGCCAGAAGCUGCUGCCAUACGGCAUGAACUUCGCCGUCGCCGGUUCCGGGAUCUUCGACACCGGCAACUUCCAGAGCAACCUAACAGCUCAGAUAGACAAGUUCCAGGCUCAGAUCGACGAUGGCGUCUUCUCAAGACACGACCUCAAGUCUUCCGCUGCGCUGAUUGCUGUCUCCGGGAACGAUUACCAAUUCCUUUCCGAGCUCGAUCCGGACUACUUGCACCACCUCCAUGGAUUCAUGCACCGUUUGUUCGCGCAGCUCAAGGUAGAUCUGAAACGCCUCAGUCACAUCGGGGUGCCGAAGGUCAUCGUCACCAACCUGCACCCGAUCGGAUGCAUUCCGUCCUACACCAGGCCGACCAAUUACACGGCCUGCUACUCGAACGUGUCAUCCGCGGUCGCAGAGCACAACCGCAGGGUCGACGAGCUGAUGCAGGAGUUGGGUGGAGGCAGUGACACCACCUUCCUCUCUCUCGACGUCAACACAGCCUUCUUGAACGUGCUCCAUCGAGCGAAGGGAGCAAAGGAGAUCAAGCACCCGUUGGUGCCAUGUUGUGUGAGUAGAUCCAACACGACGGAGUGUGGAGAGAUCGACGCCGAGGGGAACAGGUUGUACGGGGUGUGUCGCCGCCCGGAGGAACACUUCUACUGGGACUCGGUGCACCCGACUCAGGCCGGGUGGGCUGCUGCCUUCGAGUUCCUCCGGCCCUCGCUCCGCGAGUUCCUCCAACUCUGACCUGCUUGAGAUAUCUCGAGUUACAGAUAUCAUCAGAUCCCUCGUCUUCCAUUUCUCUCCUCUUGUCGGGGUGAUACAGCUCGAUCAUGGCGGCCAGUUUUUUCUCAACGAAGACAAAAGUCAAAAUAGUAUUUGGCAUAUAUAAUAAGACUCAUAAACACUCAUCAGGGAAUAAAAAAGGCAUGCAUUCCUGUAAACCUUAAACACAUAGUGAAAGGCUUUUACAGCAGCAUAAAUCCAACUCAUCAUACAUUAGUUAAUUGUUAGUCACAAAAUGUAAAUGUUUUCACUCUCCAUUGAAACUUUUAAUGAUUCCUGAAUCAAUUAGCAAAAAGGGGAAUACAAGAGUUCUUUCAGGCUUUUA